AUGGCGAUAGGAGGCAAGCUCACCAAAAUCAAGUCCGUGCUGAAGAAAAUGCAGUCCUUCAGGCUCGGCCGGACGAGCUCCUCCUCCUCUUCCUCCUCCGACGGCUCGUUCGAAUCGAUCGCCGCCGCAAAGGACCUGUACCCCGUCUACGUCGGGAAGUCGCGGCGGAGGUACCUCGUCUCCGCCAACGUCGUGGACAGCCCGCUCUUCCGUGAGCUCGUCGAUCGGCGCUCCGGCGGCGGCGGCGAGGAGGACGCCGUCGUCAUCGGUUGCGAAGUCGUUCUGUUCGAGCACCUCCUGUGGAUGCUGGAAAACGCCGAUCCUCAGCCGGAGUCGCCGUGCGAGCUCGCCAAGUUUUAUGCCUACUGA